AAGAAGUAGUAUCGCUUUGGCGCCAGCAGUUUUCGCGGGGUGAGGUGCCUUGGAGCAGUACAGAAAAACAGAGAGCGCAAAAACGGAAAAAAUAAAACAAAACAAAACGUGACUGCUUAUAAAAGCGGAUUACGGAGUACGGUCGUGCGUAAACCCCAGUGGAGAGGUGGACAGAAGUUCGUCUCGGGUUGAUGGUGGCCUGUGGGGGGAGGCUGGAGUUUGAAUCGUGUUCCUCAAGUUAAGGCCUUGAAGAGUUGGGUAAAGAUGAUGGCGACUGCAGGACCUUCCAGUAUGUCUUCCUUCCUGCCUUUAUUGGGAACUCUUGAAGACAGCACAGCUAGACAGUCUGAGCAGAUAGACGCUUACCUCACCAUUGCCAAUCGUCUCAGCGGAGAGGAAGGCCGUCAGUUUCUCCCAGCAGUUGAAAAGGACUUUUCUCGGUUUGGUAAAGCCAUGUUGGUACACUUGACUAGUCCAUGUGCAGAGUUAUGCCAAGCUGCUUUACAAGCUUUGGGGUUCUGUGUGUAUCAUUCUCAUGUUGUCGCUGGAGUGUCUGAGGUGUUUGUAGCACAGAUACUGUCAACAGUUUGCUUGUUGGUGGUGAAAUCAACUGAUAAGAACACCUGCACUAGAGCAUUAUGGGUCAUCUCCAAACAGAAUUUUCCUGCUUACACGGUUGCAAAAAGUGUGCCAACUAUACUAAGUGCUCUUGAGAGUGUGUGGAACAGAGAGGAUAUUCAGUCUGCAGUGAUGGAACAUGAAGCUCUUAACGUUGUCAUCAGGAUGUUGGAACAGGUACCAACUCAGAUGGGUGACAGAGCAGUGACAUGGGCAAAGCUGGUGGUCCCACUGGUAGUGCACUCUGCCUCUAAGGUGCGUCUGCGUGCUGCAGCCGCCUUGGAGAUGGGCAUUCCACUGCUCCUGGCCAGACAGACAGAGGUGGCUGCUGUUGUCGAGCCAAUGAUGUCCUCAAAACUGAUCCCAGAGCUGCAAAAGCUUUUCAUGUCAAAGAAUGAAACAAAUGUCUUGAAGCUUUGGCCCUUGUUUGUGAAGCUGCUUGGGAAGCUGCUACACAGGGGGGGUCCCUUCAUCAAUUCUCUGCUGCAUCUGGAGGAACUGGGUUUCCGUAGCUCCUCUCCCACCAUUAAGAAGAUUGCUUUUAUUGCCUGGAAGAGUCUCAUCGAUAACUUUGCUCUCAAUCCAGAUAUCCUGAGCAGCGCCAAGCGUAUAAAGCUCCUUAUGCAGCCGCUCAUAUCAAUCCACGUCAGGGCAGAAGCCCUGCUGCUAACCAAGGUGGAGGUGUGGUGGUACCUGGUGGUGCAGCUAGGAUCCAACCUGUUCUCCAACUUUGAUCAGGUUUCUGUGCCUCUGCUCCAGUCUUCAAUUGGAUCUGACUUCUCUGUCCAAACUGCUGCUCCUCGAAGCAUCAGUCAAAAUGGAGCCGUCACACCCAGCACACCGAAAUCUGGCAACUCGAGCAUCAACAGCUCGGCCAUCUCCCCUCGAAUGAGCUUGAAUUCCAGUAUGCAUGUUACUACCAGCUUCCCUUCCAUCCAGCUGCUGGGUCUGGAGAUGCUACUUCACUACCUUCAGGGACCAGAGGUUGUUGCUUCUGCAACAAAAAACAAUCUCAUUUUAAAUUUGGAGCCCUUAAAGCACCCACUCUUCUCUGGUGCUGCAUCAUUCCUGAAACACGCUGCUGUGCUCAUCUCCAGUAUCAAAGAUGGAUUCAUCAUUAUUGGCAAAGAAGCUCCAGAGUCCCUGUUGGUCACCAUAUGGACAAGUCUUGUUCAGUUUGUCAACCUGACUGUAGAGUCUGGCAGUAAGAAGGACCGUCAGGGCUGUGAGGUGCUCACACUGAUGCUUCAAGCACUACAGAGCAUUGUUAUCUCAGAGGGUCUGACUGCAGACAGAGUUCUGAUUCUGUUUGAGGUCACAGUAAAAGGUCUCUCUCAGAGAGUCCUUGGCUCUGCUUCCUAUCAAGUGGGCAAGAUGGAUGUGCUGAAUGGUACUCCGUCACUGUUCCUCAUCCUUCUCCUCUUCAACAGCAGCAUGUUGCCAUCCUAUGUAGAAGCAGAGAAGUUCUUUCAGUGCCUCCAGACACUAGUAUCCUGCAGUCUGUUAGGUCCUACUUCACCUCUAACGUUUUCAGAGUCAGUCCUGGGAACCAUUUGUCACAGUGCUGAGUCUCUACAGAGCAAGGAGAAGCUGUGGAGAAUGUGGAGCUUGAUUGUCGUCCCUCUUACUGACACCAUAUCACAGUCCAAUGAAGUCAAUCAAGGUGAUGCUCUGGAGCACAACUUCAAUGCAAUCUAUUGUGCUCUGAUGUUCCCAAUCACACACCUCCUUUGCGACAAUGUUUUCCCACAGGCAUCCCAGAAGUCCAUGUUGUCUUCUUGGUCCAAGUUGUACAAGGUUUUUGCUUGCUGCUCAGCUCUUGUGGUUACCGCUGGGGAGAACAUCUGCUGUGAGGAGCUUUGUGCAAAGAUUAAAACAGCUGUAGAUCGAGAGGUGCUGACUAUUCCUUCAACAUUAAACUUUGUUGCCAGCAUCCUUCAUGUCAUGGUGGAGUGUGUAGACUUCUCUCCAUACACACCUAACUUUCAACAACAAAUAAAGUCUCCCCACACGCCUAUGAACUGGACACAAAAGCAGAACAAAGCCUUGGGAAAUAUGUCUACGUUUCAUUCCCUGCUGGUGCAGUGUCUGCAGGUUUAUCUUGAAGCACCAGAGGCUUUUUCCGAGUCAACAGGAUUGGCACUCAUUUCUGUUCUGUCAACUCUUUUCAACAACCUUGUUCUUUUCAAUGUUGUCAAAGAGGCUUUGAACUUACUGAUUCAGCCUCUUGUGUUGCUAUACAAACAAGCUGAGAUGCCACGAUUUACCUCUCAUCUUCUGGAGAAGUUGGAGAAGCUUCUCAACGAAAUCCUGAGCUGUCUUCAGACUUGCUCUGCUCUUGCCUAUAAUGAUGAGCUCUUGGCUCUGCUUUCACCUCUGCUCUGUGUGUUGUUUCUGCACAAGAACAAGCAUCUACGUUCGUCAGUCACACAGUUCUGGAAUGCCACUUUCACAAACGCAGUCAAUCUGCUGUACCCCGAGGAGAUCAGACCUGUACUGAGCCAAGUGAAACAAAGGAUUCCAGUCAUUCUUCCUGGUUUUGAGGUUGUCAAUAUUCCUGAAGAGCCUAGUGGAACAUAUUCAAAUGAAAGCUCUCAGAUGGAGACACAUCUCAGUGGCAUGCCAGUUUCUUCUUCUGGAAAAAAGGAUUCGCUGCUGGACAAUCUCACUGAGAUUAAUGCCAAGGGCUUCUUCAACAUGUCCAAGCCCAUUUCUACAAAGCUAGACCUUGGUUCUCCCAAACCUCCAUGUAAGAAGGUUCUGGAAGAAGAAGCUUCAAUGGGCUUUGUCUUUAUUCCUCCUGAGACAAAGGAGCGGGUUCUGACUGAGCACCAGAAGGAAGUGAAAAGAACCAAAAGAGUUGACAUUCCUGCCAUGUACAACAAUCUUGAUGCUUCUCUGGACACAACAGUUUUCACUCAGUACACGCAGAGCCAAAAAGACUGUCUGAUGGACAAAGUGCCAACUGAAAAAGAUGACAUCAAAGAGGUUACUGAGGAGAAUCUUCAGGAAGAUGAACAAAUGAAUAGGGUGGUUAAAGUUCUUAAUAAACAGACUGAAGCUAACACCACUUCUAAACCUGUUGAGGAAAUGAUAGAAAACCGUCCACAGGAGGGAAUUUUUCCAGACUUUAUAAAUGUUUCUAUAGAAAAUUAUACAAACUGUGAUGAAAGAGCAGAAGAUGUGGACAUGGAGUCCAAAGAUGAAACAAAUGCAGACACAUCCACCUCUCCAGAUCUUGUUUCUGGGACUCCACAGAAACCUAACAGUCGUCGCCAAACAUUCAUCACUUUAGAGAAAUACAGUGAGGGAAAGUCUGCUACCCCCACCAGUAUGUCCUUAUUUACAGGUCCUCUUGAAAAGAACUCCAACAGUCCAGAUCAUUCCAAUAAUGACCCAGUGUCCACUGAGGCUUCUCUAAUGUGUACAAGUCCAAACUUUCAGGAUUAUCCUCAAAGGGAAAAGAUUAGCCCACAGUGCUGUAUGAGCGAGUCUCCUCAAAGGCCUAAAGACUCAAAGACAAAAAGUGCUCCUGUAAGACUGAUUGAGAGACUACCUGGUGACUCAAUAGAUAAAAACAUUAUUCCUGACACACAGACUGGGUGCAAUGAAAGUACAACUGUGGCAGACGAAAUUAAACCUUCAAGCCAAGAAAAGGAAUCUGAAUCAGUGCUGAAUGGUUCUCAGUCGUCUUUGACCCAGAUGUCACCAGAUGAACCAAAACCACCCAAAAGCCAUAGAGUCAGAUCUCAGCUCCUGGGAGAGGAUUCUGGGGAACACAGAGCAAGAAACGUGCAGUUUAAACAUAAACAUUUUGGAGAAGAUCUCAAAAGUGAAUCUCCAAAUACAACACCAAGCAGACCACACACAAGGAGUAAACAAGCAGCUGAGGAGAAUCGUGGCAAAGACAGACUGCGCUCAUGGUCUCAAAGUAAAAUGCGCAAUUUAAAUCAAACCAACUCUCAAGAAAGGCAUCGUAAAAAAAUCAAACUUUUCAGUACUUCAGGGAACUUUUUUGAUAAUCCUCAAAUCAAAAGAAACGUCAGUUCACUUGAGUCCAGCCAGACCAUCAGUACUCCAAAAAAUCUUUCUAGUCCUGAAAGUCAGAAAAGGCAUGGUCGUUCUCGCAGAACAUCAAAACAGAUAGAGGAUGAAGGUGAGAAGAAUAAAGAGGAGUCCAGCCAAGCUGUCUUAGAUUGCUUAAAUUUGAAAAAUGAACAAGAAGCUGAUUCACAGACAAAUUUCCAGGAACCUAUCUUUUUCCCUCAAACUGACGGCAAGAUCCACGACCCUGAAGUCAAGACUGAAAAAGAUGAGAAUCAAAAAGAAGAGUCUGAAGCUGAUUUAUCUUCACGUCAGUGGGAGGGACAGGUCCUGGAAAAGGUAGAUUUUCAUGAAGCCACCACUCCAGCUAAUGAGUAUCAAGAUAAAACAAACAUCUUGGAGAGUGAUGAAAUGAAAAAGAAUAAAUGCAAGACAAAUUUGGAAGAAAACCUUAGCCAAGAAAAUAAUCUAAAACGUAGAUGUACACAAAGUGAAUCAUUGUCUGAGGCUGUAGAGUAUAAAGACAAAGAUGACAGGAAAAUUUCUAUACGACCGCGAAGAAGUACUCAAACAACGCACGCUGUCACUCAGGCUGAAGCUGAAACUGGAUGCAGAACCAGAAGGAGCAAAGGGUCAGCAUCCAGUCCUAGCUUUACCCCUGAUGGUUCUCAAUCAUUAGAGUUUUCUGGAUCAGAGUCCUCACAAGGCAGAGGCAAAUAUUCAAGACAAAGAACAUCAGCAGCCAGCUUGAAAUCCACAGAGUCUGAGUCCUCUGAAAUCCAGAAGAAUUCGCCCAUUCCCAAAAGGAGAGGGAGGAAGUCCAAAGCAUCUCUGCGGAGUCCUCUUACUUUUAAUUCUGUUGAGGAAACACGUGAUCUGGCAAAAAAAUGUGCUUCUCAAAAGACUAAUAUUCAGACGUUUGGUGCAAAUAUGAACUUGGAAUCACCAGAAACACAAAAUGUGCUGAUAUCGGAACAGGUCAGAAAUAAUAUUAAAGGGCAAGGUGGGACAGAGUCACUAAUGGUGACAAAAAUGCAAGCUGUUCAUACAGUGAGCACUGUUGGUCUGAAAAAGACUGAAAGUGGUGACACAAAACAGGGCACCAAGUCACAUGGCAAUGCUGAACAAACAUCAAAAACAGAUGGUGGCAGUAGUUCCUCACAAGGCAGAGACAUCUUUGAACCUGUUGGCCUUGGUAGCAAGCAGACAGAGAACACUUGCUUCUCUGCUGACAACACUAUGUUGCCUCUUAAUGAGAAGUUGCGAGUCACAGAUUUGUUUGAGAAAAAUGUUGAAGAGUUACCUCCAGAAAACAAAGUGAAGGAAUCAAAUUCAGGCCGCCAUGAUUUUUCUAACACUCCAGAACCAGCGGGGCAACAGCAAAGAGAUGUUAAAGAGAAUGAAAAGCAGUUCAUCUCAAACCUUCCUUCUGAGAGGAGAGCUGAGAAAGACAUUUGUCCAGCAGAGGUUGAUGAUGUCUGUAAAAGUACAGCAAUGGAGAACAAAGAACAAACUAACUCUACCAACAUGGAAUGUUCUGAUGUUGGUCUAUCUAACUGCAACCCUUUGGAGCCUUCAGAAUCUACAAUUCAGGACUCUCCGGUAAAACAAAAAGAGCUGGAGGCUGUAACAGAGCCAGAUGAUGGGCAAAGCCCCAGCAGUGGACAGGCCAAAGGAACAUGGUCUCCAUCAGCUUCCCCCUCCACCAGUAUUCUCAAGAAGGGUCAGAAAAGGCUAAUGGAAGUGGAGGUGACCUCUCCUCCUGUUAAGUCCCGGCGUGUCUCUUUUGCUAAUCCAAUCAAACAGCAGGAGAUGGGAGGUGACAUGGAUCGCCGCACUGCUGUGAGAACCAGCUCCCCUAGAAGAUCCAAUGUCAGCAUCAUCCCACAGCCAAAACAUGUCACAACUCCGGUAAAGUCGAUGAGUCCAAGAAAUCUGCACAGUCCUAGUAACAAGUGCUCCAAGAAGUGUUUGAUGUCUGAAAUUAUUCAGGAGCCCCGAGACAUCCCUGCAGACUGCAUCUAUCCAGCUCUGGUGGGCUGCCCUGCCCCCGUGGAGGCUGUGCUGACUCAGCUCUCCUCCACUAUGUGGUCUCGUGCCUUUGGGCUCCUAGUGCGCUCCAGAAAGAUUAAAACGGUGGGCGACCUAAGUGCCCUUGCUCCUGCUGAUGUCAAGACUCUGCCUAUUCGAUCCCCAAAGAUUUCCAGCGUCAAAAAGGCACUGAAGGUCUAUGAACAGCAGCGUAAAGGGCGAGGAGGAGAUGAGCUGAAGAGCUUUGAUGAAACAGAGCUGAUGGCAUCCGAGAUCGAGGACAUGGUUCCUCCAAACCAGGACAAGGACAAGACUACAGCAGGAGAGACACUCUCCACAGAGCUGAUGGACGAGUCGUUCCCUCCAAAUGUGGACUCCAAAGCCACGCAGACACCUGAUGGAGCAGAGGAACCUCUGCCAUCAGUGGUGGAGGCUCUUAGCUGCAGGAUGAUGCCGCUGGAGCUCAGCCACUGCACGCCACAGCAGCUUGUCCAGAUGCACUAUCAGCUGGGAGGCAUGAUGAAGUGCCUGGUGACCGAGUUACAGACACGGGUCUGCCAUGAUGGUGGAAAACCCUGAAUAGCUCAGAACACAAAGACUGUGAGAGACUUGUUUUAUCAGUUCAGUUAUCAGUGGAUUUUGUGGAUUUUCUCCAGAUCUGUUAAAUUUUAGAUUUUUCUCACCUUUUUGGUAUUUUUAUUCAAUAUUUGCAGCUCUGUUUCUUCCAUUUGGCUAGACAAUUUUGUGAAAACAGACACUUCUUAGCAUCUGCCGCACAUUAGACCUCUUGCCGAUUUUAUUUUUUAAAAUUGAUACAAAGUCUGAGCUGCAGCUUUUAUUUGUGGUUUUAAAUACUUAAUAAAAUAUAGAACUCAUGAAAUAAUUUGC